GAGGGCAACACACCUUUCCUACGUCAAAAAGAGGAAGACGCAGCAGCUGCUCAGCCUUCAGUCCCGAUAGUGCAAACUCAGUGUGAGCUUUUUCCCUGUCUGUGUGUGUCUGUGUGUGUCUGUCCCUUUGACUCUGUGUGUGUGUCCAUCCAUGUCUUUUGUGUAAACCUGCCUCGUCCGGGAUAUUUUGCUGUUUCACCGGACCUUAGAUCUGUGUGGAAUGAGUUUUAUCAAUUGGAGACGAAGCGUGAAGAAAAAUGAAAGCAAAAAGUGAGUAGAAGAAGAAAGCUUUGGAAAAUCAGUGCAAGCCAAAGCCAUGUCGGUACUUGUCUGUGUUUGUCAGUGUUUUGUACUUUCUGUGAUAGGGCUGUCAUCGUCGUUUUAAGACCCUCAAAGAUCCGCAAUAAAGCUCACUAUCACCUCUUUGAGUAUUAGAAACCUAAUCUGUAAAACUCAGUCCUGUAGAUGGGUCAGAUAUGACAAAGCUAAAACCCUUCAAAUAUCAGACAAAAAGGUAAAAACAUGUUUUCCCUGAUGAUUAUAAGAGCUGUACAUGGUGUUAAAGGCUAAAGCAGUUAAAGAAAAAUACUAUGUGAAGAUGAGGUUAUAGUGUUAUGAGUUCUUACUGCUCUUGUAUUUUGUCUAUGGCUGUCUGUUGAUGCCAAUCUGCAGCCUGUUAGACAACAUUACAUUGUUGUCAAGAUGAUGUGGCCAAGCAGGCUUUCUGUGAACAAGCAGCACUGAAUCAGCAUUACCUGUUUAUAAUUUAUGCUUGUUCAUCCACUGAAAUCUCAAAAUGAUUAACUAAACCUGUUUAACUUAACCUUUAACCUGUUUUCAAUCCUCACAGACGCGCAUCAUUAUUAUUAUCACGAGGAAUGAUCUGUAAAAUCUGAUAAACAUCCAAUAAACUAAGAAGUAAAGACUCAAUGUAACCCAAGAGGAGGUUUGUGUGUAUUUAAUGGGUAUGUUGAGGAUUAGCAUAUUCAUAUUUGCUUUAUCAAAGUGGUCACUACUGACAAAACAUCGAGUAAAAAGAAGGAACAGUGUCACUCCAUACAACCCUUGUUUAGGCUGACGUGUUUCCUUGUACAGAAAAUGAACCUGUAACUUACCUGUGAGGACUUAUAUUACUUAUCACACAAAACUUUUGGGUGUGUUUAAAAUCUUUGGCUGUGUCUGAAAUGAAUCACUCAAUCCCUAAUCCCUAAUCCCCAUAUGGGGUUUUACUUUACAGUUGACUAUGUAGUGAACGCAAUCACGGGAAGUUUCGGACACUACAUGGCAUGACGCAAUGCAUGACGAGAUGCCCACCACUGUUGAGUGGCCAUCGGAUGGUCACUACAUUUUGCAAUGCUUUAUGGGAAAUUUUGAGUCGCCUAUAUGGGGCAUUGGAAUUGAUUACUCAGGUUUUGGACACCCCUCAAAAUGAGGCUAACCCCCAUAUAGUCGCCUCUAUAGGGGUUGGGGAUCCAUUUUGGACACAGCCUUUAACUUCUGCCGAACAAAUUUCCUCGGACCAUCAGGUCAGAUGUCUGAUGUCUUCUCACCAUCAUGAGAUUUACUGUAAAGUUCUCUCUAAAUUGACCUCUGACCUUUUCACAGGGAUGCCGCACAGGCGCAAGACAUACCCGACAGUCCAGUCUCCCCGAGCCAGUAUGUACACUGAGUACAUACAGUCAUUAACUGUGAAUGCCUGGAAUAAUCUGCUGUAUCACACACAAAUAAAACAAAACAGUGCUAAUUUUAAGCUUAUUAACAGUAAACCUGAGACUUUUUCUCACACCAUUUUAUUUUGUUUUUCUUUCUUUUCUGACAUGGUACUUUACACAAACUGACAUUGUUUUCUAUUGUUUCUUUAACUGACAUAAAUGUCUUUUUCUCAGGCUGUCAGUCAUAAAUAGUCCAGAACUGGAUCCUGUCUUUAAAGACCUCAGGUGAGUGAAGCAGCAGUUUCACUUUUCUUUUCAGAUUGUUUCUAUUGUUUCUUUAAUUCAAAGAAUUUUCCCCAAAAUGUUCAUGUAAAGUUUGCAGUAAUGUACUCAAUAAGUCGUUGUCAGUGAAUCACUAGCCUGGGAGUGUCUGCAUGUAUCAGUGCCUGUGUUUCUAUAGCUCUCAUGAUCAUGUUCCUCAAACAAUAGCUGCCCUUUCAGCUGGUUUUACCCCUUGAGAUGUCCCUCUAUUUUCCAAAGCAGACACAUUUCUUGUUCCUCUGUUUCAGGUUACAAAUACCAGGUAACAACAAUGAUCCGGAAUCAACAAGUCCAUCAAAUGGGUAAGAACAUACGAUAAGCUUUCAAAGUCUGAUAGAAAAAAAAGUCCCAACAAGAAGUUCUCACCGCUGUUGUUUCUCUACUAUUUUAGGAUCCUUUGUGACAAUUCGUUGUUUUAACCAGAUUUCUAGUGACAGCUGACAAAAGCAGCUUCUUGAUAUAUUUGCCAUGUGUGGCGAUAAAGGUCACGAGACGGUCACUGACAACACUGCUGACCAACAGACCCGAUAAAUACUUCUGGCAGCAAGAAUCAAACAUCAUCUCUCUCUGCCAAGUCAGGACUAGAUGAGAGUGAACAAGUUUCUUAUUAAAUUAUUCAACUCCACAUUCUCUGUUAUGGCAUGCAAAGCAUUCAUUGGCUGUUUUUGGAAGAGGAUAGUUCAGUAUGUUUGGAUCUGAAGGGGGGGAAGUGUGAAUGUCUGGCAAAAUGAAGUAUAACUUGAAGAACAAAGAUUAAAGGUGCAAAUUGUGGCACUUGAAAUGAUCUCUUGGAGCAUAAAAAUACAUACAUACAUACAUACAUACAUACAUACAUACAUACAUACAUACAUACAAACAUACAUACAUACACACACACAUACAUACAUACAUACACACAUACAUACAUACAUAAAACCAGUCAACUAUUGGCAUGCUCAAGGACGAGGCUCGAGGACUGUCGGGGGCCUCUCUUAAAUUCACAGAUUUACGUUUUAUCAGAUCAGGCCAAUCACAGUCAUUUAUGUGGGGCAGCUAAAAGUGCUGUGAAGAGCUGUUUUACAAACAGACAAGAUGGCUGAUUGUUUUAAACCAACCAUCACUUUUAUUACAGUAUUACUUAGUACAAUGUAAAACUUUCUGAAAGGUAUUAAGAUGACAUUAUCCACCUCUAUAUAAUGUCCUGAGGUACUUUGGUCUGUGCUGGUUGAUUAGCUACACCAAGUUUAAAAUUAAAAGUUAACUGUGAGCUACAUAACGUCGUCAGUCACUCAAGGCUACUUGUAAAUCACAGCACUUGACUUCUAGUAAAUAAGAACAUACUCUCAAAAAAGUCACUUCAAUGUACCUGACAUUAGAUUACAAAAGUUCUGCUUUCUUUCUGAGUUCUUGCCUCUAAACAUUGGUUCUCUAGACUUUUGUAUCAGCAGACUUGCAUAUAGAAAUUGAGUUUGCGUACUUGUGUUUAAAUAAGUGCAUGUAGGACUCCUUGCUGAAAGGCUAACAUGAUUCCACUAAAGCACAGUCCAGACAGAUUAGUGUCAAACUCGCUUGUGUAUGUAAUGAUAUGCACCAUUUGGAAGACAAUUAGGAAGAUCGCAGUGAUUGUGUGCAAAAGAAAUAUUGCUGAUAGGUGUUUUUAGAUGUUAAGGGUCAAUGUUGAGGGACUCUACAUUAGCACUUCACUGUUGUUUUGCCUGACAAACUUUGGAGCUCCAAAAAUUAUGGUAGAUAUCCAUACAAUACACAUCAAGUAGGUGAUUAGUGCAGGUUUACCUCCGUAUCAUAAAAUCAAAGCUACAAUUGGAGAGUGUUAGCAUGGCGCAAAAACUGUAAAUAAGGGAAAACAGUUAGUGUAGCUCUUUUAUGAUAACAAAGUUUGCCCAUCGAAGGUUUUAAUUCUCACAAAUUUUUAUUCUUUAUCCUUACCACUACUUCUUCAGGCUACUUGUUUGAAACAAUAAGCAUUACAUCAUAAUUUUUCAUAGUCACAGCAAUAAGCAACAAAGAACAAUAUCUACAACCUUUCACAGAAUAAACACCUACCUUAUUUACAGCUGCGUUAUAAAAUAAGAUCAUUUAAAUAUAGAUUAUUUCAAACAAAAAUGUUGUCAGUGCUGUCUAUUAGCUUCAAUUCUUGUUCUUUUAUUAUAUAAUAAGCACAUUAUAUUCUCUUAUUGAUGAACUGUGGAAGGAAAAGACUGAUACCACUUUGUAACUUGGGAUACUCAGGGUGAUUUACUAUGGUGUGAUUCAUGAAAACAGCAGAUAUUUUAAUAUUAUCUUAUUAAGCUGAAAGCCUACAUAGUUUGAAACAGCAACAAUCCUUGUUUUUCUGUCGCCAAAUCCAAUUCUCCUCCAUGAGGACAGCAGCAUAUCAAAUCUAAUUAUCUCCACCUUAAACCCGUGACUCUCUGUGCUCCUCACAGCACACUCAUGAGAGAUGGAAGCAACAAUUACUCUGUUUUUUUGUUAAUACUCUUCUGUCUACAUAGAGUUUAAUUUCCCCUUUGUAUCUGUGCUGGUCAGAGUGCUCAGCUCUUGUGACUGCGGUUUUAUGAGCUGCCGGAGAGGAGAGAAAUAUGUGAACUGUGAUGAGGGCUGUGAUACAGUCACAUGACUCCAAUCUUUAUGCUCUCUUGAUUUAGGCGUUACUGAUUAAUUUUUCGCAUAUAGGUUAUGUAGGCCUAUAUGUGCUAAGGACUAUUAAUGUAAUAUAAUAAAUAAGUAUUUACUGCGUCCCUUUUUGCUCACUUUUGUUGAUGUCUAUGAACCAAAAUAAUUCCAACAAACCAGUCUCUAGUGAUACAGCGCAAUGCUAAAACAACUCAUUUAUCAAUGAAAUGAUUUGUCACUUGUGUUGAUAUAGCAUCUCCAUUAAUAGAUUCUCUUGUGUGCAGUUUCUUUGUCUCCUGCAAUAACAAACCUGAGUUCACAAACUCUGAAGGUAUCACCUCGGGUUGUUUUGGCACUUUUCCCUUUUUCUGUCAUAUUUUUAUCCAAAUAGUUUAUUGAUUAUUGUAGGAGUAUUGCACCCUGCAAUAGAUGAGAUUUUAGUGAACUGAACGACAAUCGAAUUAGGCCUGAGUGAAUGCUACAGUGGGUGUGGUUAAGUGCAGUUUUUUGACUUUGGAAAAUGGGACCUUUUCACGGCAGAUAUUUGAUAAGUCAAACCAAGAAUAAAACAGCUGUAAUUAAAAGCCUGUAGCACUUGUUUAGUUUGAUUAUGAUGUGACAGCUAGUGUUCGAUCGCUCCAACGGUGGCAAAGCUUUGGAGCUAAUAAAACCAAAUGGAGUAUGUCCUUUAUGAAUACGCCAGGAGUGUGUUUGUACAUUUCGAAAAUCACACAUAGCCAAAGAGAGACUGACAAGCAGCAGUUUAGUGUGAUGACACACUGUACUUGUGUAGCUAUUCUUCACUCACACAUUUCACACCAGACCUCUAUAUUAUGAGCUGAAUCUAUGUGUUCUAUUUCUGUACUCUCUGUAGUCGCUGCAGCGUUUAGUCUCUGCCACCGCAGCACACUGGAGCCGCUGAGAUUACCUUCUCUCUUUUUUUCUGUUCGAAAACCAAAUUUUCUUCUUCUUUUUUCUUUAUAGCAGUAGAUAGAUUUAUACCACUGAAUGAAUUAUGGACAUUAACUUACUUUCUCUAUCAGGCCAUCACUCACCCCGCCUGUGAUUUUUGUUCCCCUUCUUAUUUCCUUUCAUAAAUAAAAACCCUUAGGCCAUGAAUUGUGGGCAUUAGCUCCACCCCUGAUUUUGCAUUAACCAAUCAGAGCCAGGACUGCAGUGUGUAGUAUGAUGAUCAGACGAGGUGGGACAGCCUUUUCUUUACAAGUUAGUAUGUCAAUGUGUGUGUGUGUGUGUGUUAGCUGCAUCACAGAUGGGCUGUUUUCUCCCCUCAUGUGUGAUAGUCAUCCCAAUCUUAUUAAGAUCAGCUGUUAGCUCAGUGAGCGUCCUAUCUCCUCCUCCUCCUCCUCCUCCUCCUCUCUCUCUCCCUCCCUCUGUCUCUCUACUUCUUUCUUUACUCUCUCUCUUUUAGCCGCCUGCCUCUCUGCUGCUGCUGCUGCUUCUGCUCUUGUUGCUGCCACUGCUGCUGAGACACACACACGCACACACACACACACCAUUACACUGCACUGCUGGAAAGGCCCCAGGCUCCCCAAUCACUCCUGCAAUUUCCCUUUUCUCAGCCCUCUUUCUCCAUCUCUCUUUCGCUCAAUCACGCACGCAUAGUUUUCCAGAUGAAAAUGUCAGAGGAGGAAGAGACUCUGUCAAACGGGUAAGGGACUUGCUACUUGUUUUGAUGGCGUGUGUUUGGUCUCUGUAAGAUGGUUUGUAAGCGUGUGUGUGUUCUAGCUGUGGGAGUCAGGCAUGUGGACAAACUUGCUGGGUUUAUUUUAGGAGCUCCUCGGCUCUUUUGUGUCACGGCUAAACACUAAGAACAACUUAUAGCUGCUGGAACGAAUGUGGUGAAAGCUCAGCAAGCCACAGGCCAUACAGUAAUGCUUCGUCACUGUUAAAGGGGUGCGUGUGUGUGUGUGUGUAUGUGUGUUCUGGUUUUCAUAGGGACAUAAAGGAGGUGUGUAUAUGAGAAGUUGUUGUGUGCUGAGUGGUUUUCUGAGUGUAUGUGUGCCUCUGUCAUAAUUAUCAUCUUUGUGUAAGCUGCUCUCUGGAGAAAUCAACUCAGGAUUUCAGCUGACUUGAAGUUCAAUUAAAUUACCGGGACAAUGCGUGGUAUUCACAUCCUCAACUUAUUAAACUCCUCUCAUUGUGCUGGUCAUCAUGCCCUUAUUUAUUUCUUAGAUUAGUCAGCUAUUUUCAUAUUUAAAGUCAGCGUCCAGUUCUGUGUGAUCAAUCUGUUGUGUUUCGCCUCAGGUUGUCUUAAACAAGCAAACCAAACAAAAUCCUGUCAUUCAUUCAGUCAGUACAAGCUAGUUAUGAGCAAGUUAGUUUUCAGCUCUAAGAAAAGGAUGAAGCAAGUGGCUGUUACUCCUGCGACAUCCUGUUUUAAUCUUCUUUCUUGUUGUUGCAUGACCUCAAAAAUUAGGCCAACAGGAACGUAGUUUGAGGGCACUUUUCUUUCCUGUACCUGCUGCUUGCUAAGUCCGCUUUUGUCACUUAAGCAAACAACUCUCCAAAAGGCCACCCUCCCUUAACAAUUAUUGACAUAUUAUUCUAGUUAUUUAUAAAUUAUGCUCUUCACCUGAACCAGCCUCCAGACGUGUUGUUACUCUUUGAAAAGUCAGAAUCAGAGUAAAGUCAUUGAAAGUGAAAGCACACGGGGAAGUAUAGUUUUGCCGUAGUCAGCACAGAAACAGUGAGAUAGCCGCUAGCUUUGGUGUAAGUAUUGAAAAUGUCACUACCUGCAUUUCAUCAAGUCAGCAGAGAUCCUCACCCUCCUGAUUCCUCAUGUUUUGAGUAUCUUUCUAUAUUCAGCAGACAGCCAGCCAGCUAAAUUCAUACAGAUAGAAAACUGUAACAACGCAGUAGAGAAAUCUCCAGUUUAAUUCGGUCAGAGGCCUCUAUGAGCAGACAUGUGACUCUGCAGCAGUAUCCUUGAAAUCAAUGACAUAAACACACAUUCAGUUUGCUUCCUUGUUGCAGUAUCCUCCUGGCAUUGUUAAUGUUUAUAUUAUUAAUUCACCUCGGCUCAUUGUCUAUUUAUGAAAGGCACUUGAAUAUGAAUUGUGUUGUUGUAGCUACAUGCAUCUGUUAAUGUUGAUUCAAUACCAUCCCAAUGCUGUUAUCCUUGAACAUUUUGGGCAUUCCACCUUCUCUGCCUCAACCAAUCAUGUCUGAUUUACUUCUUCUAAAAUUUAAGUAUGUUACAGAUGUUUUACAGCCUUGUGUAUUGUUUUAACUUGAAAAAAUACAGCCGUGUAGCAACAUUUUAACUAUCCAAACUCAACUCUGAAAUCACUCUAAAAUAAAAUAUUGGUCCAAAUGCACAACUUACAAAACCAAAUAUGCCGCACUUAAGCUCCUUUCAUGUUGCAAGUCGGCAACAGCGCCAUAAUUAAGCUUCAACAUCACCAUGAUCCCACAAGGGUAUAUUAUGGGUGUCCCAGAGUGUGAUUUACUGUGUAGCAAAAAGUAUGAUACACUCAGUCAGAUAGACACACACACACACACACACACACACACACACACACACACACACACAGUGCUGUCAAUGCUUCUGUUACUACAGCAGUGGUAGAACGUUAUCCCGCCAUUACACCAAUGUGAUUACCAUAUUGGAGACCUUACAGGGACAUAGAUAUCACAUUUUGACCUAGCAAAAUUAAAAGGGCUUUGGAAAUUCAGAGAACAUCAGCAGUCUGUUGCAACACUACCCAAAUAGUUGGCUUUACAUCAGUCCUGCCUUUGAAGAGGCAAAUAGUUUGAUGUUUGGGAUUUUAGGGUAACACCUGGGGUGGCCAGUGAAUGGAAGGGGGGCUAUGCCACUCCUUGAGGACCCUCUGGGCACACCCCUGUAAAGACAUAAAAAGUGAUUCUUUCCUUUAGAUAUAGAUAAUAUCCUAUGUCAGUACACUUCUGUUUUGUUGAGGAUGUAGGAUGUAACCUGGGCUUAGUGCAUGAUGCAUCAAUGAUAAUGAUGUGGCAAAAUUUUAGAAGCCGCUCUGUUCCAAGUAUGAUUUUAAUGGUUUAUGACACUUAACCAAGAUGGGCUUUACCAUUUUGUGGCCUUGUUAAAAACACACACUAGAUUUACAAUAUGAUACUGAUAUUCUCACACAAGCUUUCAUUAGCAUUUUCUCAUUAUUGAUUAUUCUUUCUUUUGUCAGUUGUCGAGGUUUGUGCCUGUUCUUUUCUGUGUGCGUCUUUAUCGUGUACUCCCAGAUGAAGACAAAGUAUCCCGAUUGUACAUGUUUGUCUGACAAGAGUUGUCUUGUGCUGUUUUGAGGAAGCUGGGCUUGCUGCUGGUCAUAUGGUGAACGCAGCAGUCAGUCACCCGCAUGUCAUUAGCAAGAACUGAGCCAGUGUGUCUGUGUGUGUGUGUCUGUGUGUGUGUGCUCUUUUUUGUGGUUGUGGUGGGUGUUUGUAUAUGUGAUAAGUUUCCACUGUGUUUCUAAUGGGCAGGAAUGUCAAGUGAAUGCUGUCAAUAAGUGGCUGCUGUCAUACACAUUUGCUAUGGCUGUAUUAGCUCAUUCAAUGCUAUCCUAUUCUUCCAGAUAACGUGCAUUACUGGCUAACUUGUUGACCUGUGGCUGUUGAAAUGCAAAUAGGGAACAAUUGUCAUGCUUACACCCUCAAUACUAUGAAUAAUAUCAAAAUAAAAGAUUUCAAAGAGGAAAAAUAAACUGCAUGAAAUAAAAAUCAGGGUUCCUAUUACCUAGAUAUAUAUCUACGGCAUUAAAACAAAUGAGUUCUUGAGAAAAUAUGUCAUUUCUUCAACAGUUUAUGAUACAAGUGAUUGUAAUAUCAAUCUUAAAAAUAGACUUUGUUGUAUAAAACAAACAAGUCUCAGUCCAAAUGAAGGAAAUUAAUCAACUUAAUGUUGAAGAACAUUUCAGAUCCAUCAACUCAACACGUCCCCUCAGCUCAUUAUCCUGAAUGUUAAUGUUUUUUUCUCAUGCUGUUCUGGAGAAAUAAAACACUCAUUUGAGCAGAUCCAUUACCAGCCCACAGUGAGCGAGAUUAAAGAGGAAGAAGUCUGUUGAUGAAGGGAGGAUCCUCAACAAUGGCUUGUGCUUCAUUUGGCAACGCUUUAUACUCGUCGUGUGAGGAUCAUGUGCACCACGUCUUGAAUACACAGCUGCAUUAUUAGAUAGAAUAAAUGGAAGUUUGUCGGUUUAACAAAGACAGCUGAGAAAGAAGAAGUAUGCAAACAAGCUGGAACACAAUCUAUCUGAGGAUGCAUCAACAUCUCUAACCUAUCUCUUACUCAUCUUUAUUUUUUUUUGUUGUUUUGAAAUGAAGGUUUGUGUUAAUUGAAGUACCGGAAGGGAGCUCAUGACUUUAUUAGCUCAGCACAUUUGUGUGUAUUUCCUUAUAUGUGUUUCAGAUUUUCUUCUUCUGAAGAAGUAGGAGUGAAAACAUUAAAUCAAACAGGAAUAAACCAAGACUAUCGAGAGAGGGCCAUUGUGUCUGUUAAGAACAGGGUCCCUGCAUUAGACAAAGGGAUGGUUGGGUGGGAGGAUGUGGCAGGAAUUGAGAGAGGCAAUGUGGAACCACGUGGAUCUUCAAAUAUGAGUCAACUUUUAAGUUCCAUGUCCCUCUGAUUCCCUCUGAUGUUUGCAUCCCUCACCUGUAAAGACUUGUCUUUAACUUGACUGAUGACUUUUGAUUACUUGUUCACGAUAUUUCAAAUGAAGUUUUGGUCUUUUAAACGUUGAGAUGUGUUGUGAGAUGAUAAUGUGCUGUCUUUACUUAUCCAGACGCUGUGUGUGUUUUUGUUGUGCAGGUGCUUGCGGUCAGACCUGUCGCUGGCUCUGGAGGACUGCAUGGCAGCACUGGAUCUGUUCCUCAGAAACCAGUUUGAAGAGGCACAGACCCAACUCAAAUCCAGGUGGGAGAAAAACCUGAACCUUAUGCUAAUACUGCUGCUAUUCUCGGCUCUAAAGGGGAGGGAGGGAUCACCUGGAUUUAUGCUUUUACAGACAGAUAUGACAAAGCAAGAAACAAACAGCUGCUGUUAUAUGGCUAUGCAAGGCUUUUACAGGCUUUCUGCCCAGGUGUGAGGAGGUCUCGUAUUAUACAUGCUGUCUCACUUCUUUCCCUUUAUUUGGCCUAGUGGGAUAUCUGAAUUAAACAAAACCAUUAUCUGUUUUAAUUAUGACACCUUAGCUUUUCAUGAUAGAUCAAUGGAUACUUUAUUAAUCCCUCGUGGGAAAUUGCACCAUUACAGCAGCUAAAAUCACAGUCAGACACGCACACACGCACACACACAUCCAACAGACACUUAGGCACAUAAAAACACUCAAGACAAGAAUUUUGCCAGGAAUAAAAGUAUCUUACUAAUAUCUUUUUUGAGGAAAGCAUGGUUAUCUAAGUGAACAUAAACAUCUUUUAAAUACAUUUGUUUUUGGGUUUUGCUUAUUCUAUUCAAAUGGCACAAUAAGCAUCAUAGAUAGUUGUGUACAAAAGUCAAACAUGAGAUUAGGAGAAGGCUGCAAUCCCUCUUUGGACACUUAAUGGUAGGCUGUGGUACAGGGUCUUGAAAUCAGGGGGAUAAUAAAGUGAGAAUUUAGUGAGAAUAAUUAUGAUCACUUUCCUCAAAACAUGCCGUACAAAAAUAAAACUUGAAGAGAUUUCAAUGUAGGCUGUACAACAUUGAGGCAGAGUAGUAAAUUGGUUAUUUUACAUGCUCACUUCAAUAAAUGACCAUUUUUUUUCACGCAUUGGGUCUCUAGAUUACAGGCCGUGUUAUAUCUGCUCUGUUAAAUCAUAUUCUUCAAUUACUUUGUGACUUUAUGAAACAAUCCAAGCUGUAUCUGGUCACAUCCCCGCGUGAUGAAGAAGCAUAAGUCAAAUUUUCCUCUGCUCUUAACAGCAACAUUGCACUCCAGGGACAAGAACAGAAACCAGCAUCUGGAUCAGCGGGUCCCCUGAGUCUUAGAAGUCUACACGCAGAUUAACUUUAUCAUAAACAUGUCAAACAGUGGCUGGUUUUCGGUGGAAUCCUGCCACAGUGAAGCUGUGGCUCGCGUGUCAUUGGAUGUGAAGUCGGUAACAAACACACAGGAACUGUAAAAUCACCAUUUACGAUCUAAAUAGUUUUGUUAUUAUUACAUGGAUUACCCUUUCUGUUCCGAUUUUUACUCUCGGAGUAGCCCCCCAAAAAAAUCAUACAUAAAAACAUCAACAUAAAUUUUGACAGCUAUUAUGACUUUAUUGAUUUCAAAACCAACAGCCGAACUAUCACUUUGACCUGCCACUUAUGGUGAAAAAUGCAACACCCUCCUCCUGGUUCACAUCCUGAUAUGAGUUUUGACCACUAAUACUUGUGUCAUCAAGUUACUCCAUUGUCCGCUGCUUAUUCUCUCGCUCUAUUAUCAGUGUUUAACACAGUUUGGCCAUUAUCCUCCUUCUUUUAUCCUCGCUCUGAGGCUGGGGGCCACUCCUUAGCCCCAGUUUCGUCUUUUCAGUACUGUCUUACACCAAGCCGAAAGAUAAGCUACCUGAUAGCCAUAACUUUCUUUGUAUUAAUUUCUAUUUAAUCUAGAGUGACAGCUACUGUUCACCGUUUAUGUUGUUGUAAGUGUUCUAAGUGUUUUUAAGUGGUUCCGUAUGUUGGUUUCUCCUCCAGUCAAGUCAUAUAAAAUGGAGGAUAAUUGAAAAAGCUGCUGUAGCACCCUGCAGGUGCUGUUACCUGAGACUUGGCGCUCUGUCAGCUCUAUGGCAUCUUGUUUUCUCCAGUAAUAUCCUUCCAAGAGUUCGAUAUUUGCUAUCUUGUCCUCUUCAAGUGCCUGUUGUUGUUGUUUUGUGGCAAAUGGUUGUAUCUAGGGGCAACAUUUAGAUUGGAUCAGAGUUUUUGCUUGCUGCACAGUACCUAGAAGGAAUGUGAAAAAUCUGUUUACUUUUCUAUAAGUUUUCAGGCAAUCGCUUUUUCUUCUCGUUUAGCUUCUCCUUUGUUUUGAGAUAGAACGCGAUUAAAGGCUUCUGAGUCUGAAUCCGCACUUAAUUCAAAGUGAAACCAGACUUUUAUGUAGUUCUGUUUGUACAGGCCAAGCAACACCUUCUUUAAUUUUUUUUCAGGAGUGCUCUGAAAAGGAAGCUUGAGGCAUCAGACUUAUGUAAUACACUUUAAGGUGUGACAGCAUGCCCUUGCUCUGAUAAAGGCUCACUGAAAGACUACAGGAACAAUCAGCCCCGGGGAUGUAAAAUACAAACAUAAGCUUCCGUAUCCUGCUCUGUGCUUGUGUGCGUCCUCUGCUUUAGCCCUUGUGUCCUUUCCUAUUCCGUCCUUUGACAAAUUUGGGUCACUUUGUCUCUUCCUCCAGUUGGGCUCAGUGUGUCAGAUUAAUCUCUGUAGCAUAAACGUUACACACGCAAAUGCACGAAAAGAUUGAGUGUCUCUUAGAGAGGGCUUUCAUUUUCUUUUUUAACCCUAACCCACUCCUACCUCUUGUCAAUUUUGGGUCAGAAAUCCACUGGUCGGUCAGUUAUAUUUUCGCAAAGAGACAUGCAGAUACAAAAGUCAAAGGUUGCUCCUUAUGUUCUUGUCAUUCUUAUGUUUUAAACUGGUGUGAGAGAGUAAUGGCUGAACAGCUGAGGAAGGUCCUGUUUUUGAAAUGUACAUAUAAAAUCUUUACUGUAAACUAUACAUUUAACCAUCACUUGAGGUUACUGCUCUAAAAUUAAUUUAUGCUCAAACACACCGUAACAAGGAGUUAGAGACUCCCUCGAGAGAUGAAUAUGGUCGACAGCUUGCUUCUCUGGUUAUACCAACUUUAGUAACGACCGCACGUUAGCAAUACACAGUGGUCUGAGAAGCCACACACAAAUCUCAACCAAAACGCCACUCUAUAGCCACAAAUAAUGCUCAGAACAGCACCUAACUUCAUCAACAGUACAUAUAGGGUCCCAGCCACAGCACUAGCCACCAAACAUCUUUUUAACUUUGCCUGAUUUCUUUAGCAAAGAGACUGAACACAACUCACCUACUCUCUUCCAGCAGCCGCUUGUUUGUAACAAGACCUCAGGCCAGUCCAUCAUGGACUGCUGCGGGGUGACGCAGCUCAAGGAAGAACAUUUGUGUGUGGCUCCUCAGACUGCUGUGUAUUGCUAUCUUGUGGUCGUUACUAAAGUUGGUAUAACUAGUGAACCAAGCGGUCGGCAACAUUCAUCUCUCGAGGGGGUGUCUAACUCGGUGUUACGGUGUGUUUGACUCUAAAUUAAUUAAUUUUACACCGGAAUAUCCCUUUAAAUAACUUUAAGAGUUAUUUUAUGGUUAGGAGGGGGUUAUUCAAAUUAGAACCCUGACUGGGUGGGCAGGAGUGUGAUGCAAAAUAAAGGGGUCUUGUCUGGUUCUUAAGGGAUUCCUGUUUACCUAACCACCAGGAGAUCUGCAUCAAGUUGCCUAAAAAUGACCCUUUUUCAAGCGUAGACAAAAGUUUCUGAAUGUUGUGAGAUGUUUGAAAAUAAUUCAUCUCUCUUUUGCUGUGAUUUAUAUCAGCCUUACAAAUAACCCUGUUGCUUGUUCCCAUGUGAAGUUUUGUAGUUCAAACUAUUGCCCAUUUUUCAACAGCUAUUCCAGUAAGUAACUCAUAUCCUGUUACAUAAAUCAAUAGGUGAAGCCAUCGCCCUUAUAGGAUUCAAAUAUUUAAGGCCCAGGUGAUAUGUUUCCCAUAGGCAAGGUGUAACUACAGACUCAACUCCAACACUGUACCAACAUGCCUUCUUCUUAAAAACCAGACAAGAGUUGUUUUUUUCUCAGUCAGUACUCAAACCCAGAAGGUAUCUAACUUAAGGCUAAGCUUUAUUUGCCAGCGCUCUGUUCAAACACGCCGCCAGACCAAGUACAGCUUGAACAGCACAGCCUGACUCUCUCAUCAUGUUGUCCUGCCCUGUUCCUCACAGCCGUAGCAGCAGGAGGAGGUGUACUGUAGACAUAUGACGUACAGCUAACUCCUGCAUUGGGGAAGGGGUGUGUUCGCUGUUAGUGUCAAAGUUUCAUGUCUGUUUUCUCUUCUUAUUUUCAAAAAUGUGUCACUUCACCUGCAGUCUGGACCCUUUUCUGAGAUUUUCACAUGAAGAAAAAUCAUACUGCUAGAGAAAAACUGACUGAUUUGCAUGUGUGGACUCCCCGGCCAUUUCCUCACUUCCUGGUUGAUUCUUACACGUGCAGCACUGGCAGCAAGGUGUGGAUGCAUGCACGUGUUUUGGAGAAAGUACAAGUCAGCUCUACCCUUUUAUGGUGAAAUGUUUUGGUGAAAUUUUGUUGGACAAAUGGCUUCAGAAUAAGGAGGAGACUUUUGUCUCCCUGAAUCGUUCAGAUGAAGCUGAUUGAAAAAUACCUGAAUGCUGCUGUGAAAUAUUUGGGAUUCUCCGCCACUUUCAGCCAGGAGCAUUCAGUUUACCUCACAGCUUUGUCUUAAAAGGUGUCACAGCUUAAGUUUGGGCUGACAUAAGUCUUACAUAAGUAUGAUGCAACUGAAUUGUGAGACUGCUGAAUGCUGCUCAAGCCGUAUCUUCUCCUCCUUUAUGUCACUGCUGUAACUUCCUGGUUGUCAAACAAUCUGUCACUUGAUUCGUAUAAGUAAUUUUAAAAACCUCAAAGCUUCUCAGAGGAGUUUUUAGCUGAAUAUAAACAGACUGAAAGAAGCCCAUUAAUAACAAAACUGACGAUUUUUACGUGGCGAUUAUUCAUGCCUGAAACAGCUGUCAUGGUGUGGGAGUCAAAUAAAAAUGAUUUCAACUGCACUCUGCUGAAACAGCCUAAUAUUUACAGUACAUGUGUGUCAGAAAUGCUACUUUCACAUGUACUAGACAAAAAAAGCAAAUAGAGAUACUCCAAUAACAAAACAAACAGAAAGCACCUCACAGGAACUUAAAGCUGACACCUCAUGUGUACCAUAAAAAUCCUGAUUUAUUGCUGCAGAUUUAUGACCCUGGCGAAAGAACAACUUCUCAGAUGAUGCUUUUAAACUCUGCGGCUAUGGUGCAUUUAGAGUUCUUUCAUCAUAAAUAGGCUGUCUGCAAAUUAAAGUAAAACCGAACAGGAUAACUUUGGAUGUAACAUUGAGCAUGGUUGGUCACAUGAGUCUUCCUGCAGUGAACACUGGCGACACGUCAGAUAUGCAGACUGGCAGCAUUCCUCACUACACACCUCCUCUGCCUUUCUGCUUCAAAGUCAGCAUGUGUGAACAAACAUACAAUGCAAAGGUUAUUGCAGAGUACAUAAAGUUUUUUAAACCAUUAAAGGUGACCACAGUGAGACGGCGUAUUAAUGACAAGGCUCUGUGUUGUUUUGGUUUCACUGUUUGGUGGGUGUUUCUUUAUUAAAUACUGGUUUAUAUCUGGAAUGACGAGCUUUACAGCCAGAGCAACAAGUAAAUCCACUGGAAAAAUGUGUAUGACAGAGGAGACUUUGACUCCUCCUUCAUCCCAUUAAUACCUGUAAGAAUUCAGUUUAACACAGGGCGUAACGUGACACACCAACAACCUCAGGUAUUAAUAGACCUUUAACUGUCUUUGGAUAUCCUGCGCUUUAGCUUUCUUAUUCCCUGUAACGUAACCUCUGUGUGAAUCGUUACCUCACCUCCUAUAAACCAGAAACAGCGCACUGUCGAACUCUGACCAUUUGUGGCUAUAGUAGCAUCAGUGAAAACAAUCACGUCUCCUUUUUCUGCAGAACUAAAGACAGCAUGUACCACGCUCUGACCUAUGCCACGAUCCUGGAGAUGCAGGCCAUGAUGACCUUUGACCCCCAACACAUCAUGGCUGCUGGGAACACCAUGAAGGAAGCCCAGGCUAUCUGUCAGCGGUAUGACUUUACCGCAACUUCUCCAAAAUCCAGCCAGUAAACGGUUACAGGGGAUUUUGUCAGCCAGUUUGUCCCAAGGCAUUAUGCUGCGUUCAAGUAACCUCGGAAGUCAGAUGUACGAGCUGGGAAUGACAUCACACCCGAGUUACCAACGUUUCAGUUACCAAAUGGAAAAAAAGCAAAAUUGGAGGUGGAAACAAGAUGGCUUGAAUGCAGCAUUAUAUUUGAUCAAAGGAAAUAAAAAUGAUAAAGAAGGGGUGAUUAGAAUAUAGUUUUAGACACUCAAUUACUCAGGACAUCAUUAUGUCUCUUCUUACUGCUAGUGUCCAUUAGCAAUAUCUUGCUAAAACCAGGGUGCAUCCAAACUCACUGACCAAAGGCAUGUCGCAACAGUCUGUGAUUAUUUGUCCUGGAGCCCCUGUGACAGUCUGUCAUGGCUCAAACCGACCAGCCCAACAUGAUAAACACAUCCCCCAAAACCAUGUAUCAGGAGUCAUGGCUGCACUUUCACUGUUUUUUGCUGUUUUGACUGAAAUUUCAUGCACGCUCAGCGCCAUAGGGUAACUUCAGCUUGCAGUCUGUCUGUCUGUCUCCACUGACAAGAGGCUGAGUCACUGAUUUCAAUAGAAACAAGAGACACAAAGAAAUGCAGGAGAAUAGAGCUGCUGAAACAUUAUCUUGGCUAUUUUCAGCGUGACAAAGUGGCUGAUAAAUGCUAACCACUGUAAAUCUAUGUAAUAUGUAGCAGAGUGAAUAAAAGGCUUAAAUCCAAGACCAGACUUAUUUAUCAUCUUUCACUUUAACAGAUACUUAAUAGAUAGGGCAGGUUAAGAAAUGGACCAAACAACACUCAUGGUGAAUAAUCGUCUGACAGGACUGGUAGGCUGUGAAGGUGGAGGCAAACAAAUAGAGAUAAAUUAAGAAAAAUAAAGAAUAGCAACAUCAAUAGAUGUAGACUUAUGACUAUAAUGUCCUGUAUAGUGGUGAAAAUAAUACUAGCCGUCACAUUAUAGUAUUGAUAACAGUUGGAAUCAAGCAAAUCCAUGACAGGGACCUUCUUUAUGACUCACAGCAAUAUAAUAUCAGCACCAUAACUUAUUCUUUAUAUUUGAUUGAACUGUAGAUUUGAAUGUUCUCAUCUACUGUCUGAUCUCCGUCCUUUCACAUCUGUAUAAAUAAUCUCCACCGUGGUUUUGAAUCUAAAAAAAAAUCACUAAUAACAAAUGAUUGUUUUGUGUUUCUUUAACCAGGCAUCGCAGGAAGUCCACCUUUUCCAAAAACUUCACAGAAGGUCAGUAAAGUCUUCUUAAAGGGUUGAGUAGUAAUAUUUACAGCAGAAGAUUGCAGAAAUCAGAAGCAUUUGAGCUGAUAGUUACUAUGGUAGAGUAUUAUAUUAACUGUGUGUGUGCUGCAGCUGGAAGACUGCCCCAUUAAUGCUAACUGUGCUAAUCUUUGGUUUGUCAGAGGAGCUCCACGCGGAGGUUUGCUUUGCCGAGUGUCUCCUGCAGAGGGCAGCGCUCACCUUCCUUCAGGUCAGGAGCGAGAUGCCUCUGAAUCUGCCACAGCUGCCGACUGAAUGUUUGUAUUUUUAAUAAAAAAAUAAACUCUCUUUCUACUUCAUCCCCCCUCUCUCUGUUCAGGAUGAAAACAUGAUCAGUUUCAUCAAAGGAGGAAUCAAAGUGAGGAACAGCUACCAGACAUACAAGUGAGAAUUUAAAUUUCGUCAUAUCCUGCUUGCAUUUUUAAGCGACUUCUGUGUUUGUUAUUUCACUCAAAGCCUGUAUUUAUCUGCUCCUUUUAUGUGUACCUCACAGGGAGCUUCACACAGUCCUGCAGUCCUCUGGAUACAUUCAUGGGGACAACCAUGGCCAUUUUGAGGGUGGUGUUAAACUGGGAGUAGGAGCUUUUAAUCUUGUAAGUACAAGGCACAAUUGAAUUUGGGAAAGUUUGUGGUUACAGAGGAUUUUUGUGUGUGUGUGUGUUUCUUUUUCUAUGAUAGGGAAAAAGGAGUUUAGAAAGUCUCAAGCCUGAGGUCAAUUUCAAAACGAUUAAAAACAACUGACUGACAUUUCAUAUGUGUUGAUGCCUGAAAUAUGUGUAAGGAAACAGGGGAUCUUAAAACUCAAAGACAACAAUCAAUAAGUUCCUGUAGGUCUUAUGCAGACAGAUUUAAUAAUAAUCAUAAUAAUACAUUUUAUUUGUGGGCGCCUUUCAGGGCACUCAAGGACACCUUACGGGGCAAUUAAAAGACACAUCAGUAGAAUAGUAAAAUCAAUAAAAACACAUCAACACAAAGUAUUUAAUAAAAAGUUGAAACUCUUUGCAGCAGAACAUCAAAUGCUAGAUUUUAUGAGUGUUCGAUUGUAGUCCUUUAACUCCAUUUUUGGUACCGUCAUUAAUGAGCAUACAGGGGGAAUAAAUCCUGUUUGAAUGGACUCCACCCCUGUCCACUUAAUUAUUAAAAACAAAAUUAAAAAAUAAAUGUUUCAGCUUUUACAAGUUUACACUGUUAAACCAAAAUUAGACGUACCUUAUUGAUUCUCAGUCAAAUUUAUAGGUUAGAUUGAAAGAGGGACUCGCAAUAUAGGUGAGAAUCUAAAACAGUAUAAUCCUCUUUAGCGUUAAUAACUACUCCAGAGAUCAUUUAAAUGUAAUAACGAGUUAUGUGAAAUGUAAUAAAAGGUGUGCUAGGUUAUGGUUAAUGCAUUUGCAGAAGAUUAUCAGUUGUAAACAAUAGUUGCAUGUAGCUCAGGUUAUCAUUACAGACUUUAUAUUACCUGACAUGCAUAGAUUUAAGGUCUAGACAAUAUAUUCCGUAUGUUUAAUAUUUUAUUUUACAUUGCCGACCAAAAGGCUUUGGUUCUACGUAUGUUGUAGUGAGUUGUUUCUCAUCUUUAUGCUCUGAAACCCUGUGAAAAGAAAGAAAAACACCACUCAUGACUCUUGUAUAGUCUGAUGUUAAUUGUAAUUAUAAGACAAACUUAAAACCAGUGUUUAUCUUUUAAAAAAUCGCAUGAUUCCGCUUUGUGUCCCUUUCCACCAGAUGAUCUCCAUGUUGCCCACGCGGACGCUGAAGCUGCUGGAGUUCGUAGGUUUCUCUGGUAAUAAGGUAAGCAUCAAGAGAGAGAAGUUUGGCAGUGUGGAUUGUUUUGAGCUGCGUAAAAUUUCACAUUUCACCGCAUCUGUGAUUUAAAGUAAAAUAUUCCCAGUGGUUCAUAGUGAAACCCAUGACUCGUGAAAUUGACUGUAAUUGAAUUGCAGUGUAUCUGACAGGUUUAGUGAAAUCAUGAUAUGAAACUAUCUCAGCUGUUUGUAUUUAUGAGUGGAUGACUAAGACAACUCUUUGAUUGUGUGAAUGAAUGACUAACCCUUACCCUAACUCUAACCCCAACUCUCUUGUACAUGGCUGUCUUUUAGAUAAUGAUGUGUAAUGUUUCACAGAUUGUAUUUUUUUCUAACAAUGACCCCAGUAAUUUGGUUUGUGGUACCAGUAUACAAAAUAUUAAUAAUAAAACUUAAUGUAAAUUAACUCUUCCUUAAGCUGCAUAUUAAGUAUGUCUUAUUUAUCCAGUCUGGAGAUCCAAGAGUUAAUAAUCUUGACAUAGCAGGCAUUCAUAUCCGGUAUAUCUUUUAUUAUGCUCUUGCGAAAUUUGCUUAUGUCAGUUACUGUUCUCAGUUUAGAUUUAGCACCAAAAACUUGAAUGUAAAUCUUGCCUCUCUGAUUUCUUUGCACUGAAAAUGUAUCAGAAAUGCACAAGUGUGUUCUUUCGGCUCAUUUAUGCAUUUCCUCUUUCUGUUUGUGUUUGCUGAUGCAGGAGUUUGGCCUUCAGCAGCUUCAGGAGGGCUCUGCAGAAAGCACAUUUCGCUCUUUCCUAUGUAACAUGCUGCUGCUUUGUUAUCACACCUUUAUGAGUUUCAUACUGGGUGAGCAAGCACUCCUACACACACACACACACACACACACACACACACACACACACACACACACACACUCAUGCAGCUGGGGUUUUUUGUGUGUCUUUUUUUCUCACAGGGACUGGGGAGGGAGAUGUUGAAGAUGCAGAAAAACUGCUGCAGCCGUAUCUCAAAAAAUAUCCUAAGGUUUGUCAGUCUACAGAGCUCUUUAUUUCUUUCUUUUUUUUUGGUAAAUAAAAACAGUUGCAUGAUUGGAAAUUUUCCCGAACAUAUCAUUGAUUUUGCUGUUUCUUCCAGGGAUCCAUCUUCUUGUUCUUCGCUGGUCGAAUCGAGGAGAUUAAAGGAAACCUGGAUGCAGUGAGUGCCCAUCAUAUUAUUAAACCCCUCCCCCCAAAAGACUUAGACAACUGCAUCAACCGGAAAUCUCUCCAACUGUCUUCCUUAUCUUUGUCUGUUGCCUGAAAUACAAAAUGUGAAAAACUCUUGCAAUUAUUUUCUCCUUCAGAUAAUCUGCCACAGUUAUAUUAGACAGAUUGAAUUGCUACAGCUGCUAAGAUGCCAUGCAGCCUGGUUCAUGUAGACACUUUCAGUUCAAGUCUGUAAAGCAAGAGAACUUGACUGUCUCAAAUAGCAGACUCUUUUAUCAGACCGUGCUGCCUCUACUAACCAGAAAAAAAAACGUUUUAUGAGGAAGUGCACAAAGCUCUUCCUGUGGGUCUAAGAUUACAUGACUCAAGGAACAUAAUUUAAAGCUCUGUGUUGAAUUUUCAAAUGUUAAAACUUCUCCAAUAGACUGCACAUAAAAAGUUAACUUUUUUUUUUCACUGGGUGAAAAUGAUGACUUUGCAUAUUCAACCAUUGUUAAGGCUUUUCAACCACUACAACAACAAUGAGUAAAUGAUUCAUACACUAAGGAUGCAUUUGUCAUAUCUUAAAACACAAUAAAGAAACCACAACAGUGAAACUUUGCUUCACUCCCACACACAUGGUCAUAUGAAAAAUUUUACAAAUUGGGGAUUUCUCAGCCGGUUUUAUUUUGUGCGGUAUUUCCAGGCUAUCAAGCGAUUUGAGGAGUGCUGUGAAGCUCAGCAGCAGUGGAAGCAGUUCCAUCACAUGUGCUACUGGGAACUCAUGUGGUGCUUCACAUACAAGAGGCACUGGAAGAUGGCCUACUUCUAUGCAGACCUGCUCAGCAAGGAAAACUCCUGGUCCAAGGUGGGUGGCACAAGAGUGGGAUUCAAAUAAAUUCUUACCAAAUUAUGAGGAGUAAAAGCAAAUGAGGAAAAACUUUCUUUACAGUCACAUUGGUGAGUGACUUGGGGUUGAGUCAACCCUUGAUUUCAAAUCAGCAGAUUCAUUAGAAAUCUUAUGUGUGAGCACUUAUGCACAGAGAGACAAAAUGGUUCUAAGUUUGGAAAGAAGCAACACCAUAAAGAUCUGUACAGUGGUGAGUGUGUUUGAGGCCUUGUGGUUAUGACACACUUCUUGUGCAGAAAUAGUACUGCAGUCAUAUACCAGUAGAAAACCUUUGUGAGCAGUCAGCCCCGCUUCCGUUACCUUACUUUUACCUUGCAAACAUAAAACAGGAGGUGUAUUACAUUAGCUUUUAAAAGAUAUUGUAAAAAAUAACACAUUAAAUUUUAUGCUGUUUAGAUAGACAGCAAGCCAAGUCAGCAUUUUGCAGUGGCUGACAGCAGAGCAAGGCUUGAAAGCAGACCUGAGGUCUGCAGUCCUGCUCUGACUCUUGAAGCUCUGCAUGGUUGUAGUUUUUCUCUCCUCAUCUCAUUUAAAAAACAAAGACAGGAUUGCAGUGGUGACCACUUUCUUUUCCACCCUCAGGCUACCUAUGCGUAUAUGAAAGCGGCCUACCUUAGCAUGCUGACUCCAGAUGAUUGUCUAACCUUUGGGGAAACUGCAAUUACACUGUUCAGGUAUGAAAUAAGAGCUUUGGCACAUGAUUCACUCAGACGUAAUUCACUGUGGUAUUGUGAUAUCGUCAUCCUGUUUUUCUGGAAGAACAUUGGUGUAGAUGCUACUGUAUACAAUGUUAUUCCUCUCAGAAAGAUUGUGUGGCUUGAAAAAGCCUCCAAUAAGAAAACUUUAAGAGAUGUAAUAAGUAGGAUUUUCACAUAUUAUCUACUUACCAUUUUUUGUUUGUUUUUAUUUUUCAUUAUAUUUCAGGCAGGUUCCAGGGCUGAAGCAGAAAAUAGCCGGGAAAUCUUUACCCACUGAGAAAUUUGCUAUAAGGAAAGCUCGCCGCUACCUUGCAGAAAACCCCAUUCCUCUUCCUGCUCCCCCACUGGUCAGUACCGUAGGAAGCUACAGACAUGUUGGAUUUCUUUUCCUGUUUGAAUUUGAUGGUGUUAUUAGAUGUUUUGUAAUAAAACAAGCUACCCGGUAACAAACGUGGAGGGCUUUUUGCCUUUUUUGGUAGGAGUUUUUCAACAACGAUGGUUUGCUCUGCAUGAUUGAAAGGAGAGGAUGAGGUGAAAGGUUUUAGUACAUUCAGGGUUUGGUGGAUAUCUGCUUGCAGAAAUCACAUUUUCAUGCACAUGUAUUCAUGAAAAUGACACGUAUUUUUUAUUUGUAUUUGUGUGUGAUUUUAUGUUCUAUAGGAGAUGAUGUAUAUCUGGAACGGUUAUACAGUCAUCGGCAAACACCGAGACCUGACAGAGGGCAUGCUGCAAACACUGGAGGAGGCUCAGGCGAAACUUCAGAGCAGUAUGCAAAAUAAUUUAACAUCUCUUUGCUUGACAAAGGGGUCAUUUUGAUGAUUCUGAUUCUGAGUUUUAAAUAAUAUUUUUCAUACUAUUAUUUAAAGGCAGGUUGCAUUUAUUUUAGAUAAUUAUGUAUCACAUAAUUAAAAUAUUUUGAAUUGCAUUCAUUUGUGUUCUUAUUGUCCUUGUUGUGUAUUUGUCAGGGACUGAGUUCUCAAUAGACGAUCAGUGUCUGUUGAGCCUCUUGAAGGGACUGUGUCUCAAACACUUGGGGCACCAGGAAGAGGCCGAACACUACUUCACUCUGGUCCUCUGCAAGUAAGCCUCCUUCAUAUAUUCAGAAAUACAGAUGGACAUGUACUGUUGAUGCUGUAUGCUUAACUAAUAGAGCUACACAGGCGUGGUGGGCUGUGUGCGAGCUAAAUGGGGACUCUCAUAGGUGUUGUGAACUCUCUUAUCAAUUUAAAUUGACUGUGUUCACACUGUCCAAACAUUGACAUAUACUUAAAUGAAUCCUUUUUCACACUGAUUUUAGUGAGUCUCAGAUCAAGUUCGACCACUAUCUGGUUCCUAAUGCUCUGCUGGAGCACGGCCUGCUGUGUCUAGAGCAAGGCAGAAAAGAGGAAGCUAUCAAACUGCUUGAAACAGCAAAGUAAGUCUCAAGACAAAUGUCAUGUGAACUACUGCCUUUUUUUAAUGAAAUAAAGAAAUCAUGUACAUUUAUAGAAAAUGGGCCACACAUCAGUUUAUGACUCUUUUUGUUGUGUUCCAGGCAAAAUUACAAGAACUACUCAAUGGAAUCUCGGACACACUUCCGUAUUCAGGCUGCUCUGCUUAAGGCAAAGACCGUGGGCGAGAAUGGCACCCAUGUUACCUCCAGCCCAUAACAGACAUAGAAGGGCACAGAACAGCAGAAGCAGCUCUCUGUUCCUGCAGUCCACAAUUCAACUCUCAGCACAGCCAAGCUCAGCCUCGCCCUUUCGGGCGGAAUAUUUUUUUUAUUGUCAUCUUUUUCAUCAGGAAGGUAGAGGAAGAGUGAUGCUACUUAUAUUUGCGUGAGCCAUGCUUAUGGGCCACUGAAGCUCUAUGUGGCCUUGAUUAUGAUGGGUGGGUUUGAUAUGCCUUCCUCUGGAGUAAAAAUGAUCAUGAACUUUACUUCUUUUUUUUUUAUCAAAGAGUGACAAGCUGAGAAAUGUGCCUAUAUUUAUGAAACAUUGCUUUUAGCUGGCUGGUUAGUCUGGCGCUGUGGCCAGCCAUAAAUGGCACACUAAAUACAGAAAACAAGGUAACACUUUUGUAGUAUAUGGUGUGGAUUACCUCAACUGCUAGCCCAGGAAAAGCUUAGUUCAUACCAAUGGGCCCCUAAUAACUGACAUCAACUCCCCUCGGUCAACAUUUUGCUGCAAAGCUCUCUCAUCUCUUAUUAUGAAAUGUAAAUGAGAGAUAAUCGACUGAAUGACCUGAGUAGAUGAGGGAUGAUACAUAUUUUAUGUGUUGACAUCAUCGUCAUCAGGCGUAGUCACUGGUAUCUGAUUUGACAUGAAUUGAUCUGUUGGGGAUUCACUUUCACACUACAACAAGCCUUGGUUCAUUAAGUUUCUCAAAGAAAGUAAAAGCUUUAUUUUUAAAUAUUCUCUUAUGUUAUGAAAUGUUGACACAAGAUUUGACAGAAAGAAAUGAUAAAAAAUUUACCAGGAUUUUGUUUCCAGUGUCACUCACAGUUUUUGUCAUAAAAAUCUUUGCACAGAGGUAUGUCAUUAGCCAGCCAAGGAAAGUCUCCGAGGUAAAUAAAUGGGAGUUACAGUUGGAUUUAUUCUUUACAUUUAUAUACUAUAAAUGGCAUCUUUUACAAAAAUUGUCCCGUUUUAAGAGGACAGAUGAAUGUGUCUUUUAGAAAGGCAGACUUCCUCCUUUUUUCCUCCUGGUGUGUGGGACAGAUUCCAACAGUACUUGAGCCUGAACAAACAGGCCAUUCAGGCAGAGCAGCAAAGGACUGCGAGCUUGUCCGCCUGUUGCAUCUUUAGUGAGUGCUGUAGCUCUGAAUGGCAACCACCAACUCCCACUGCUUUGUGAACAUCCUCUUCUACUCCUUUUAUCAACCAUGCUUGACUAGAACUGCGUAUAGAAGGAUUCAAUGUCAUAACCAUGAUCCUGACAUAUAUAACCUGUGUAUGAACAAAUUCUUUUAAUGAUGGGCAUAAGAGAAAGGGGUCACCUUUAAUUAUGUCAGUGUUGAGGUUAUUUGAAGGGCUGUGUCCCAGCAACAGAGUGUCCGAAGAGUAGAAACACAGAUGGUGUCUCAAGUGUUGCAAUUAGACCCCUUCUUACUUAUUCAUGAUAGGAGUAAGGUUUGGGAUUCAGUAUGACCACUAGGAGUUGAUUUCAAUGUUGUUGUUUUUUUCAAAUGGUGGAGGAAAUGUACUUUCAUAACUGUUGAAACAGUAACUACUCUGGUAUAUUCCAGUUAAGAGUCAUACUUGAUUUUAUAAUUAUUAAUCAAGGCUGUUUGUCUUUUCCUUAUAGAUCUGCAGUUUUAUCUGAAAGAAAUUCUUGAAAACUUUAGUGAAAUUGUAAUGUUUACAAUCAGAAUAAUAUACCGGGCAAGGCUACUAUUUAGAAUGAGAAUGACAUUCCUGUACAUAGUGAAUGUUUCUAUUGUAAUUUAAGAUGAAAUAAUGAAACUAAACUAAUCUAAAAACUAAACUAA